GGCUUUGCCAAUAUUUAUCCUGCAGUCAACAUCAAUGGGUUAAUUGUCUGCUCAUUACAUUGCUGUUUGUGGGAAUUUGCUGCUCACAAAUUGGCUUGGCUGGCACGUUUCUUAUAUGGUUAGCAGCGAUUAUACAUCAAACAUUAGCUGUGAAGUGCUUUGACACAUGAGGGGUCAAGCGAAAAGAAACCGAAGUCUUCCUUUUUUGUCACGGUUGCUAUGGAGUGUGUUUACCUCGAGUGCCAAAGUCUCGCGAUAUUUCUGCUAUUCGCUUUGCUAUAGUUUCUAUGGUGACGGUGUAAACAUAGCUGUUUGUUAAUUAUUAAUUAUAGGAUAUGGCCAGUGCUGGUGAGCAGGUCUGAGAACUCCCCAGUUAACCCAACCAGCCUUAACAAAGGGUAAACAGUGCCUUUGCAACCAAUGCACGUGGCGACAAAUCCCUCCCAAACAUUUUCAGAGUGAAAAUAGGAAGUGUCAAGAGCCUCGCUUCACCCUUCCAUUCAAACCCUUAGUGUAGUGCAUUCACACCGCCAAGAUGAAAGCCUACCUGUCCUCCUAUUCCAAGAAUGCGGCCCUUCGCACGGCCGAGGAAAGAGAUUGUAUGAGCAGUAAAGCAAUCAUGGGGGCAGGGUCAAAACAACUUUUGAAUUUGCCCCUGGGGUCCAAGCUUCCCUUGCUUCCAGGUAGUGGAGUUCUGCUGUACACAACAACCCUGGGUGAAAAGCUUCAUCAACCAUCUUGUGAGUUCAACCUCACAGAUCCCAACUUGCACCUGUUAAAACUCAACUAUCAAAGUCUUCAUGAUCCUUAUUUAAGUGGUUACUACAGGCGUAAAGACAUACUGAAAAAGUUAAAAAAUCAGGGGCUUAUCACAGAAAACAAUAAGAUUAUUUGCACCCUGAAGGAAUUUAAUCAGUAUAGACAGUAUUUAACCAGCAUCAAGUUAGACUUCGAAAGGAAGUAUGCACAAGAACAGAGGCUACUUGCGAAGCAACUACUGAAUCUUCAAGAUCAAGGUUUUGCGAAGGGGAUAAACCUUUCUGAUCUGCAGGAAUGGCUCACAAAUGAAUCCAAGAAAAAUAUAAGCAAAAAGGCUCUGAGGGACAGGUAUUUCAACAUGAUUCAAACAGAAGAAAAGAUCAAAAACUUGAUAAAAGAACAGAAAUGCUGUGCUGUUCUGGCAGACUCAAGUAAAGAUAGUCAAAAAGCAAAAGAAUUGGUACACCAAAUUCAGCAAGAGGAAUUGAAUAUGAAGGACAGAUCUGUUUUAAUGCGACUUGAAGAAGAUGUGAAGAGUGAAUUUAAUCUGGAAAAAAGAAGAAGGAAAGCAAAGGAAGAGAGAGCCAGAAAGAGACAAGAAUCUUUCGAAAGGAAAAUGGACCACCAAAUUCAAAAGCUGCACGAGUUUAUUGAGCGACAAGAAGAGUACGAUCGAUGUAGAGGGGAAGGCGCUGAACACAGAGAGAGAUUCGGUCAUCCCCGUGGUAGAAGAGGGGUUUCUAAAAAGCCAGGCAAACCUGAUCCAAGAUGUCUAGAUGAGAAGUGGGCCCGGCUACACAGAGCCAAACAAGCCAGAGACCUCUGGGGGAGAACCUGGAUGACCUUUGUGUUGGUCACCUUGGCAGUGACAUCUCAGGGCGUGCUUCAUGGGCACUGAACACAUGGACUCAUCAGCAGACAUCAGCAUCCAACAUGUACCAGACUUUAAGAACCCUCAUGGCACAUUUGUAACCCAUUUACAGGAUGCAGCUCAGAGACCCACACCCUGGAUUGGACCACACUACAUCUAGAGGCUCUUCACUUGCUGUUGUAGUGUGUAGCCACACUGAACCGACCCAGUAUCUCACGCCUUUACAUUGUCUUGCCUUGCCAUUUUGAGCUUCAACCACUCAGCCAGAGAUACCAGGCUAUUAUUAUUUUUGCCUUACUUUGCUGUUUGACGUUGUCACUAAGGAAGGAAGUUUGUCAGCAAACCUCAGUGAAGGGGAUAGCCUUUGCUCAGGGAUCAUGCACACUAAGUCAAGAGCAGUCUCUGAUACCAAUUCAGGGUUUGGAUACCAGUCCAGCAGUUUUGGAAACUGUUAUGCAGAGCCUGCAAGAGAUGAGCAGAUGGGGGACAUUAUCCUGAUGAAAUCCAUUCAAUGCCUAUAAAGCUCCCUGUAGGGGUUGGACUGGACUGUGGUCUGCAGCCAAUCUUCUAACAACUUCAGUUGACCAGCUAAACUUGACCUCAAUGAGUUUAUUAUUGAUGAAAAUGAAAGCGAUUCAUCAACAAGAAUUUCUGAUCCUUGACAAUUCUAGCUACAAGAAUGAGGUG